CCGAGCCGUGAUGGUGUCAACAAGACACUAGCAAUGUAUAUCGAUGGGUGGAACGUGUAGCUAAUCGAGGCCGGAUUCGACCCCUCGACCAUGACCUGGCGCUUGUACUUUGUACUAUGCGUGGUUAUGGGAGGCCAUGGGUUCGGGCCCGCAUUAGCUUCCUCCCCGGUGCGUCCGCAUUUGAUACCUCCAAAAGCAUGUGAAUUGCUUGACCAAUGUUUAUCACAACCGCCGCGAUGGAAGCGCGGAUAUUGCUACUCCUACUCCUUCAACGUACUGCCUUGAGCGCCUUGACAGCCUCCCUUCCCCUUCCCCUUCCCCUCGUCUAGGCACAUGUCCAUUAUGACUACCUGCCGA